CACCUGCAGAGUGACCUUCGUGUGACCUAUAUGAGGCACACUGUGCUGUUCUCAAUUUUUAUGCAUUUGUUUGGGGUGACAUCUUUUUUUAUCCUCUUGGAAAAGUAAUUUGGUACCUAUGCAGUUUUACGCCCUUUAGACUCAAAACAGGAGUUUUACCACCGCAUUUAUGUGCACUGACAAAGUUAAAGAAUUCAAAGACACAAAGCAUUUGCUGGAAUAUCUCAAGGAAUUAUUGACAGAUAGAAUAAAUCUGUUAGCUUCCUCUGACCUAUAUAUACAUGUCCUGAGGAUUUUGGAAAAAGAAAUAUUAAACGUUCGGAGUGAAUUGUUUUCAGCCUUUGGUAUCUAUCAGAUAACCGAAGAAGAACUACCAGCCCCUGAAGGUCGAAAAGUCAAUCUUCAAGCCAAGGUGUAUAUGCCAACUGGAACUUCCAAUAACUACAAUUUUGUUGGAAGAAUCCUUGGUCCCGAUGGAUCAACAGCUAAAUGUUUACAACAGUUUUUGGGCGUGAGAAUUAUGAUUCGUGGUCGAGGUUCCAUGCGUGAUCAGACGAAAGAAGAAGCCAACAUUGGUCGACCUAAUUGGGAGCAUUUAAAUGAUAAUUUGCAUGUUUUAAUUACUGUUGAAGAUUAUGAAAAUCGUGCAAAGGCUAGAAUUGAAAAAGCCAGUGAAUAUAUCAGUUUAUUUCUAGAAGAAAGUGUUAAAGUGUCUGAUAAAGAUGAUAAGGUAAAAUUAAUGCAGUCAAUGGAAUUGUCUGUUAUGCGUAAAGCACUUCAACAAGGUCAACAACAGUCUUCAGGUAUUAUUAUCCCCACUAGUCAUCAGUCACUAUUACCAAGUUUCAAUGGAUUUACGCAAUAUCCUCAACAAAAUCAUACUCCAUCCUUUCAAUCCUCUGGUGCAUCAGAUUUAAGCAGUACAACACUGUAUCUGCAGAAUAAUGGCACUGGUGGUCAGGGUGGUGUUGGUAGUUCUGGUCUUGGUGUUGGUACUGAUGCCGCCAGUUUUAAUGGUACAUUUGGUUUUACAAAUUCCUUUCGAUCAAAUUAUCAACCAACCUAUAGUCAAUCUGGUCAAUCAUCAACAACACUCGGUGUUUCUGUUGUACCACCAGUAGGCAUAAAUUAUUGGCCUGGAAAUUAUUCAUCUCAGAAUUAUCCUAUUCCACAGUCACAGUGUUAUCAAAAUGUCACUACAGCUGUAAUCAAUGCUAAUUCUCACAAUAAUAAUAAUAAUGGUAGUCACAGUUAUCAACAUCAGUUUCAAAAGCAACAAUAUCGUAUACCAGAGAAAUAUCUUUCAGAUAAGUGGAUCUCAUCACAAAAGCUGAUGAAUAAUAAUAGUAUCCCGUCACAAUCCAGUUAUACAACACCGUUAAUGAUUUCUACACAACACCACCAGCACCUCCAACAACAACAACAUCAACAAUGUGAUUAUUGUCGUCAACUGCUUGAUGAUCAGUUGUCAACAGUAAACAAUUUGUCUAGAUAUACGCUCAAUAAUAAACACAAUUAUCCAAUGGUAAAGCUACAUCUGUUGUACACACUAAUAGUAGUAUUAUCACCAAUGUGAGAAGUAAUAGUGACAGUUGCAUGAAUCGUACUCAUAAUAGUAAUAAUAAUCCUCCAAGUGAAUAUGAUAAAAAGUUACAAAAGUAUCCUAUAAAAUCACCAGUUAGAAGACAAGUUCAUGGGAAUGAAUUGAACAAUAAAGGCGGCAGCACCAGCAGCAAUAAUACCAAUAAGUCUUUCAAUUCUAUUUGCCCAACCAAACAACCUACCAACAGUGUUGAUUCGAAGCGACGCUAUUCUCAAAGACAUAAUAAUAAUAAUAGUAAUAACGGUUCUAAUCUGAAUCAUACAGAGGCAAACAAUGAUUUAAACUCAAAUGAAAGCGUUGGAAAUCAUAACAACAGCACUAAAACUGGCGGUCGUCCUCAUCAAGCUCAAAGUGACUCUGUUGUUGUCAGUAAAAUAAGCAAUAAAGAGAUAAUAAUAAUAACAACAAUAGUAGUGGUUCUCCUGAUGAGUCAUACAGACAUGCUGCCGCCAACGUUAAUCCUUCUUGUUCCCCACUUACAGAGGGAACAGUUUCUGUUACUACAGCUGCUACUAGUACAACUACUACUGUCAUUCCUGAUCAUCGAAUGUUGACCAAAUUGUAACAGUUGAUGAAAACAACAAUAAACAUGAAUCCGCCUCAUCUUCUUCCAUCUCCUCUUCUUGUAAAAACUCACAACAAUCCAAUAAUAAUAAUACAAAGCCAUCUGAUACAGUGUAAAAUCUGUGGCAUUGGUAAUCGAUGAAACAGAAUGGCCAAAACUUGAAACAGCUGUUAAUACGCAGAAUACAAGAAAAACUACUUCAUUCACAGUGGCGCGGAAAACUUUCAAACGAUCAUCAAUGUUAAAUGCUGAUAGGCAUUAAACGAAGAAGUUAUAAUUUCAUAUAUGUGUGGAUUCUGCACACCUUAGAAAUAUUUGCACUUCUCCACACGAUAUGAUAAUAUAAGAGAAGGAAUAAACUGAUUUGGCUGAGAAAAGAAAGUUGAGUCAAUUUCAUUUUUUGUCGGGUAAUAAAAACUAAAAAACGGAAUAUUUUUGAUGGUUAUUCAGUACGGAAAUAUAUCUUAUGUAAUGUGUAAUGUUUGUACAUCGUAUUCCCUUUUUUCCCAUGUAUACUUUUGUCAUUGAUUGUGUAUUCUUUUUCCAGCUGUCUGCAAUAUUGUGAAUUUGAUUUUUGUACGCAAAUGUGUGUUGAUGUUUUAUGUGUACGCGCGUGUGUUAGAUAGAAUUGUGUUGACUUUCCACACUGUGAUUUUAGGAGCCUACCUUGUGUGUUGCCAUGCUGUCAGUGUCGGUUAUGCAUGUGUUUGCGAGAGUCUUUCAACAUCUUGUAUUUUCAAAUUCUCCUUUUCCCCUCCCCCUCCCCCACAACGUUUUUAUCGUGUAUGUUUUUAGUAUGUUUUCUUUCUUGAGAGAAUAAACAAGAUUCGUAGUUCAUGAGAAUGAUUUGAAUGUGGUUCUGUUCUCCAAUGAAUAGUACUCUGAAUAAUAAUAAUUAAUUUCUGCAUCGCUG